CUUUAUUACAAGAAAUAUUAAAUAUUGCUAAAGAUACUUCUACUCGUGCUACUUCUAGAUCUAAUAUUAAAAGUUUAUUGAGUAUAAAUACUAGCAUCAAUUCUGAUACUGAGGUUAUAGAA